AGGUGUAAACAUUCUACAAGUCCAUUUGGUUUAGCAUUGCACACAAAAAGCAGGGUUUGUGUCGUUGCGGAAUCGAUCAUCUAAGAUCCUUGAUGUGGCUUGAUCCAAGCUCAUGCCAUGAAGAGAGACUUUUCUUUUUGGUCCCGUGCCUCAAGCGUCGUCGCUUCUUCUCUGUCCUUGAUUCUCCUCUUUUGGAAUUUGGCAGCAAAUGUGUGGGCUGUCGUAUCCUUUCACCAAGAGCAGAAAUACUUCUCCAUGGGAUUGUUUUUAUUUUUAAUACUCAGUUCCUCGAUGCUGCUGCAGGCCUUCAGCUGGCUCUGGUACACGGAAUCGUCUGAAAAAAUGGACAGCAGUAAUGAAGUGAAGCUUAUCAAUGUGCUGCAUAUCUUGCAGCUUGGAGUCUUCUACAGAUGUUUAUGUAUGUUGGAACUCUCAGUCGUAAGCUUUAAACAGAAGGACACUUUCCCAUCCGGCGACGCCGAGACUCUAAGUUACGAUCUCAGCACUCUCGGCCUGUUCAAAGCGUUCUGCGAAAGCGCUCCACAGAUCGUACUAAUGAUGACCAACAUCAUCCAGGUGCAGGACCUUCAGCUCUUUACAGUCAUCAAAAUCAUCAGCUCUCUUUCCUCCCUCUCCUUCACCGUGUUGUCCUACCACCGCAGCAUGUGUACGUUCCUCGCUGACAAAUGUAAGAUGGGAUGGUCUUCAUCUGUCCUCUACUUCCUGUGGAACUUGUUCCUGAUUGGCCCGCGUGUGGUGAGCGUGUCUCUCUUCGCCUCGGCACUGCCCUGCUACAUCGCCGCUCACUUCCUGUCCCUGUGGACGCUGCUGGUCCUCUGGGCCUGGUGGCAGAAGACAGACUUCAUGGACAGUAAAGCUGGAGAAUGGCUGUACCGAGCCACUGUAGGCAUCAUCUGGUACUUCAGCUGGUUUAAUGUUGUGAGUGGAAGCACCAAACACAAAGCAGUCAUCUAUCACGCGGUCAUGGGGACGGACACCAUGCUGCUGUUAGGAUUAUGGUGGUGGAAGAGAUCUGUGGAAUCGGCUCGUCUUGGUCCGCUACCUAUUAAUCCCUACCUGCUUAUCGCCUUGUUAGUGACCAUCUACAGUAUAGGAGUCCUACUGAAACUGCUUUAUUACUGGAAAUUUCAUCCUAAACAUGCAGAUUUACACAUGGAUAAGAUGUUGCAGAUGAAACCACAGGAACAGUGUUAUGAAACCUUGGACUCAAGAGAAGUGAAGCCUGAAAAUGAACCCGGAUUAAUUCUCAUGACUGCACCGCUGAGUCAAGGAACCCCAACCGGCAUCCAGAAGAGGAUGAGAAACAUGGCUCAGAAUUUCUACUGCUAGAAACCUGACUGAGAAAUGACUUGAGGAACAGUCUUACAAAGCACAUCAAACCAUCUGCUAAUGUACACGUAGAUGUAGCUCAUGAGCGGCUGCUUCAUGGCUCCAGGGUCCUCUCUUCAAUCCUGGGCUUGGGUUCCGCUCUGUGUGAAGCUUCACUGAGAAGGUUCUCCUCAGUGUUCGCUGGUUUUAUCCCAUCCACCAGGAACUGGCUUGGAGUUUUACUUUGGCUUAGAUUGAAUCCAGGUUCCAGGAAGAGCGUGGACGUGAAGUCAGACUGUUGCAGCAGGUCAUCACACACAUGACACCUUAAGAGUCUCAUGUCCUAAUUGUGAAACAUCAUGCCAUCAGCUCUGACCACAGAGCCACUGCCAGCUCAGAUGAUCUGCUUAUUUAUGUGGAACGCUAAUAAUAAUAAUAAUAACAAUUACAUUUUUUUAUAACACUUUUUAAUAUAUUUUUUUUUCUGUUUCUUUAAUAAAAAUAACCUAAAUAUUAAGGCCAGUUCCUUGUCUCCAGGUUUUUGCUAUAGUUUUGGGUUUAAAAGUUGAACAUGAGAUAAGAUAAGAUAUACCUUUACAUCAUGAGACGAUAGUUUAGGAUUUCAGAAUUCGUUUCCUGAUAUUUACACCUAGACGCUUUAAACAGUUUAGAACAUGGCACCUUUAAUGUUAGAUCAGCCAACAAUGAGCUGAGCAAAAGUAUUGGAACAAACGGUCUUGAUAUAAAUAACACUUUACUCUUUGGUUGCGUAUCUUUUGCUCGUCGUAACCGCAUCUGUCCUGUGAUUCAGUGACGUCACUAAACUGUCACAUUCUUCUUUCCUAAUCUUUUACUGCGGCUUCUUUCAGACGUUGUUGUGUUUUGUAAUGUCAAGCUUCAGUCUCCUCUUUAGAUAGAAAUAUCAGCGAGCGAACCCUAAAAUUCUUCUAUGUUGUCUCAUCAUUUGAUCAUUUGAUCACAAACUCAGAUGUUGUCGGAGUCUUUCACAGGACACUCGGGGUACAGGGUACAGGACACCGUCUAUGUGGUAACAACCACCACAGGGCACAAUCACACACACACUAAUCACCAGUGUUGUAAUGUAACGGAGUACAAAUACUUCGUUACUGUACUUAAGUAGAAAUGUCACGUAUCUGUACUUUACUUCGCUAUUUAAAUUUAUGUCAACUUUCACUUUUACUCCACUACAUUUCCUAGAUAAAAUGUAUACAUUUACUCCGUUAUAUUUCCACUAAGUGUCUUCGUUACUCGUUACUACAAAAUAAAAUCAGAAGAAAUGUGUGUGACUGCAAUAAGGGAGGUUUGGUGAAUCACUGCUCCUAGAUUGCAUUACGCUCCGCACGCUCUACGGAGAAGCACAGGGACGCGCAUCGUGCACGCGCAGUCAGAGCUGGAGGCGUUUAUCUAUAACGGCGGCAACCAAAAGCAACCACUAUUCUUAUUACCAGAGUUGUAGCACAA